UUAAUAAUGGCGGUGCGGAGGAGAGGAGAUCCACCCGCCCGCACGGCACAGCUCAUCAUUUGCAUCGCCGCUCUGUUCAGCCACCCAUCCAGCUGAGCCCCCAGCUAUUUAUAACCCCAGCUCCUCCACCACCGCAUGCCCAGACCACACCAGACCGAGCUCGCUCACCUGACACAAUCCUCCGGCGAGGAGCUAGACCCACCACCUCUUCUUCCAUCUCGUCUUGUUCGGUUCUGCCUCUCAACAGCGAGGAUACCAUACCGCAAGAUGACGCCCGAGAGCCUGGAUCUCGGCCUCAGCCUCGGGCUCACUUCGCAGGGCAGCCUGUCGUCGUCCACCACCGCCGGCUCCUCCGGCAUGCUCUCCCCCUGGGCCGCCGCGCUCAACUCCGUCGUGGGGGACGGGAGGCUGGAGGCGCGGCAGCAGGCGUUGGAUCCGGACCAGGGGAUGAGGGCAUCCACGUCGCCGGACAGCGCCGCGGCGCUCUCGAGCGGCGACAGCGGGAAGAGGGAGAGGGAGCUGGACGACGAGGACGGCGCCGGCGGCCGCAAGAAGCUAAGGCUGUCCAAGGACCAGGCCGCGGUACUCGAGGAGUGUUUCAAGACGCACAGCACGCUCAACCCUAAGCAGAAGGUGGCGCUGGCGAACCGGCUGGGGCUGCGGCCGCGGCAAGUGGAGGUGUGGUUCCAGAACCGCCGCGCCCGGACCAAGCUCAAGCAGACGGAGGUCGACUGCGAGUACCUCAAGCGCUGGUGCGAGCGCCUCGCCGACGAGAACAAGCGCCUCGAGAAGGAGCUCACCGACCUCAGGGCGCUCAAGGCCGCGCCGUCGCCGGCGGCAGCCGCGCUCCAGCCCUCCUCCACCAUGCUAACAAUGUGCCCCUCCUGCCGCCGCGUCGCCACCCAAGGCGGCGCUAAGCAGGAACAAUGUCACCCCAAAUAUAACGUUCCCCCCGCUGCGGCCGCCGUCGCCGGCAACGUGCUGCCCAGCCACUGCCAGUUCUUCCCAGGCGCCGUUGACCGGACAAGCCAGAGCACGUGGAACGCCGCCGCGCCGCUGGUCACCAGAGAGCUCUUCUAAGAUCCAUCGAUCUAUCUCGCCAUGGCAAUGGGAAAGAAGGUGAUCGAUCGAUUCAUUAGAACAAGUUCUCGUUAGGAUCUCGCAGGUUGUGGUUGGGUUAAUUAAUCAAUUAAUUACGAUUAAUCAGGAGAGGAGAUUGUUUUGGAUUUUUUUUUCCGAUUAAUUCAGUUGGGUUUCUGAAAACGACGACGACGAACGAACAAAGAUGGCUGUCUGCUUUUUCCUGGACGGCGUGUAAACCAGUUCAUCUAAUCUGCUGGUUGGUGAAAUAACAGGGUGAUCGAUUGUACUAAUUGAUUGAUGAAGAAAGUUAAUGGAAAUCUUUACAAAAUUC